AUUUUUAAGAAUUUUUGUUCAAAUGAAAUCUAAAUUAAAUAGAGAGGAUUAUUAAUUUCGAAAGAAAACAGGUUAAGAAUUGAUUAAAAAUCCUGGAUAAUUAAAUGGAUUAGAUUUUGUCAUAUCAAAUUGUGAAGACUGUACAAUCUAUAUUUGUGAUCAUGCUGCAUAAAUUUUUGUGGAUUUAAGCAAGAAUUGCAAAAUAUAUAUUGGACCUGUAGAAGGGUCUAUAUUUGUUAGAAAAUGUGAAAAUAUUGAAAUAAGUGCAGCAUCUAGUUAAUUUAGAGUAUCAAAUUCAAAUAAGUACUUAAAAUAUAUAUUAUUAAGUAUCUAAUGUUUUGUUUACACCUCAAGUGAUCCAGCACUUGAAAAAUCAACAGGUAUUGUGUUUGCUCCAUAUAAUUUUGCUUAUCCUGGGAUAACUGAAGCUUUUGGAAAAGCUAAGUUAGAUCCUACAAAUAAUAAAUGGAGUGAAGUUUUUGAUUUUACUCCUAAUAAUGAGAUUAGUAAUUGGACUCUUUUACAUCCAUCUUAAUUUCAUUUAGUUAGUAAAUCAAUAGAAGGUCUUGUAGAAUCUGAAUAAUGUCCUGUUUUAAUUCCUAUUACGUAUGGUGGAACAUGCGAUAAGAAAAUAAUAUUAGGAAGUGCUGAUUAGAAAACUAGUGGAUUAGAAUUAGAUUUUUUGAUGGGUAAAGAGAAUGUUAAGAAUUAAUAAUAAUUAUCUGAUGAAAAUUAAGUUUAUGUAGAGACUCAAUUGAUAUCAAAAAAUUAAACUAAUUCUAAGGAAUAAUAGAAUUUAAUACAAGGUAAUCAAGUUGAAUUUGUAUUUGAUGCAGAAAGUUUUAAAAGUACAGAACCCUAAAUAAAUGUACAAAGUAUAAAUACUUUUAAUGCAUUUGAUGAAAUAGUGGUGGAUAAUUAAUUUAACAUAUAAAAUUCAAACUUGAGCUAAUAGAUGUAGAAAGAUGUAAUAUAAUUGUUUAAAACUAAUAUAGGAAUCUGAGAGAAAAUUAAAAGAAUAGAAAAGAAAAUAAGCUUAAGAAUAUUUACAAAAGUUUAUGAGGUAAAAUAAGUAAAUAAAUGUGAUUAUAGUGAUUUUACAGAAUAAACAAAUUAAAGAAAAACAUAAAAUAGAGCUAUUGUUAGAGAGAAUGUUUAGAAAGAGUAGGGAUGGAAGACAGUUGUUUCAAAUAUAGAUUUAAAAGAUAAUGGAGGAGAAAAAGAUGUUAGUAAAAUGGCUUAGGCUAUCAAAAAUAAAUUAAUGGAUAGACUAAAAUGAUAUGAGGA